GUUUACAGACCUGCGUUUACUUACAGUGCUCCAGUAACUAAAACCAGAAAAAAGCGAAAAUUCUUUCCAACCAGUACCAUCCUGCCAGUAUCCAAACCGGUCAGCCUGCCAUCUGAGAACCCGCCCUCCGUGGUUCAGCCUGGUGCCUCGGCACCCGCAAUUCAGCCUGAUACGAUCCAAUGCCUGAUGACCCAGUGCCCGCUGUCAUGCCUGCUGACCCGAUGCCCACUGUCUAGCCAGAUGACUCGGUGCCUGCUGUCGAGCCAGAUGACCUGAUGCCUGAUGACCCGAUGCCUGCUGU